CCAGCCAGUUUGUCUCAGGCACCGGACACGAGAGAACGUCGACGGCUCGCUGCCUGCUGGCCGGCUGGCUGGCUGCCUGGAUGCAUGGAUGGAUGGAUGGAUGGAUAAAUGGAUGGCUGCUCUGUCAUGACCUGGCUGCGACUGGACCGUUCGCUCGCUCGCUCCCUCGCGAGUGUUGGAAAAGUUACCUUGGGAUGUGGAAAGUCUGAUUUUGAUUAGAGCAGCGGCUAUGGUGCUACCUGUGGAGUUGGACUCUAUUUAUGGAGACUUCAUUUAACAGCCUUGGAUUUGUCCUUUCCCCAACCUAUCAAACGUUCCGGUGGGUGUAUCAUGGAGUAUCGACUAACCCUACUGCUUUUAUGUCCAUUCUGGAGUUUGGCUUAUGGAUCUCGACCCAGGGGGAGCCGGCCACCCUCAACUGUAAAGCCGAGGGGCGUCCCACUCCCAUGGUGGAAUGGUACAAAGAUGGGGAGCGUGUGGAGACGGACCGCGAGGACCCUCGCUCUCACAGGAUGCUCCUACCCAGCGGUUCCCUCUUCUUCCUCCGAAUUGUACACGGGCGGCGGAGCAAACCCGAUGAAGGGAUCUAUGUGUGCGUGGCGCGCAACUACCUGGGGGAGGCGCUCAGUCGCAAUGCAUCUCUGGAAGUGGCAAUUCUAAGAGAUGACUUUCGCCAGACUCCCAGCGAUGUGGUGGUGGCAGCAGGUGAGCCGGCCGUCAUGGAGUGUAUUCCUCCCAGAGGACAUCCUGAGCCCACCAUCUCGUGGAAGAGAAAUAAUGUCCACGUCAACGACCGAGAUGACAGGAUCACAAUCCGAGGGGGCAAACUAAUGAUUUCCAACACCAGAAAAGCUGAUGCUGGCAUGUACGUGUGCGUUGGCACCAAUAUGGUCGGAGAAAAAGACAGCGAUCCAGCUGAACUGGUAGUAUUUGAGAGGCCGGUAUUCACGAAGCAGCCGGUGAACCAAGUGGUGUUGGCUGACGAUACGGUGGACUUUUUUUGUGAGGUUCAUGGCGAUCCAACUCCGACCAUUCGCUGGCGGAGAGAGGAGGGGGAGUUGCCUCGAGGAAGAUACGAGAUCCGCAGCGACAACAGUCUGCACCUGAAGCAGGUGCGGGCCCAAGACGAGGGCACUUACACGUGCGUGUCGGAGAACAGUGUCGGCAAAGCCGAGGCGGCGGCUUCCCUGCAAGUCCAUGUUGGAUCAUCCAUGCCCCCUCAGAUGGUUGUGCGGCCACGGGACCAGAUCACAGCACCGGGUCGCACUGUCACCUUUCUGUGUGGCACAAAAGGAAACCCUCCACCGGCUGUCUUUUGGCAAAAAGAAGGAAGCCAGAUUUUGCUGUUUCCCAUUCAGGAACUCUCCCAAGGGCGUUUUUCGGUGUCGCUUAGCGGUGAGCUAACCAUCGUUGACGUCCGCGUUGAGGACUCUGGCUACUACAUUUGCCAGGCCAUCAGCGUGGCAGGCAGCAUACUGACAAAGGCCUUACUAGAGGUGGAAAGUGCGCCCUCCGAUCACGUUCCCCCCAUCAUCCGGCAAGGGCCGGCAAAUCACACGUAUGCACCGGGUUCCACGGCACAGUUCCACUGCCACGUCAUGGGGAAGCCCACUCCCACUAUUCAGUGGGAGAAAGAUGGCCAAAGGAUUCUAGGGAGUGAUGCUCGAAUCCGUCUGAUGGAAAAUGGCACGUUCCAAAUUGCCAAUCUUCAGGAAAGCGACUCUGGCGUUUACACUUGUCUGGCUGCCAGCUCCAGCGGUGAGACAAGUUGGAGCGGAGUGCUCACAGUCAAAGAGAACGCCGAGCCGUCAGUGGCUCAGAGCACCGAGCCUUUCCAGUUGCCGGGUCCGCCACACAAACCUAUUGUCACAGAUGUGUCCAAGAACAGUGUCUCUCUGACAUGGCAAGCCAAUGCUCACGAGGGAGGAGCUGCGGUCACCUCCUACAUCGUUGAAGCCUUCAGCCAAUCAGCCGGCAGCACUUGGCAAACUGUCGCGGACAUGGUGAAAGUGGAAACGCACACCAUCACCGGCCUUCUCCCCAACACCGUCUACUUAUUUAUCGUCCGAGCCGUCAACGCCUACGGCCUGAGCGACCCGAGUCCCAUCUCGGAGCCUGUCCGAACACAAGACGUGAGUCCCACCGGUCAGGGAGUGGACCACAGACAGUUGCAGAGAGAACUGGGGGAGGUGGCAGUCCAACUACAAGAGCCCAUCAGAGCGACGACAUCCUCCAUCCGAGUCUCCUGGGCUGUCGAUCGUCAAUCUCAGUACGUGCAAGGCUACCGUCUCUCUUACCGCCCCAGUGGAGGAACGUGGCUCCUCCAAGACAUCAAUUCCCCCUCUGAGCGCAGCACUCUACUCACCGGCUUGCUUAAAGGAACUGAGUAUGAAAUAAAGAUCCGGCCUUAUUUGGACGAAUUUCAGGGGAAAGACAGCCGUACCAUACUGGUUCGAACCCCAGAAGAAGUGCCGAGUGCCCCGCCAAGAGCUGUUACAGUGGCAACGGUGAAGCAAAGCAACACCUCCAGCAUCAUCGUGUCAUGGGAGCCUCCGCCCAGCGACAUGCAGAACGGGAUCAUCCAAGAGUACAGGGUUUGGUGUGUGAGCGCUGGCAGUAGCAACCAGACACGCUACUCCAUCAACAAAACAGUGGAAGGCCACUCCUUGUCCACGGCACUGAAAGGCCUCACGCCUGGCGUCCUUUACCAAGUGGAGGUGGCGGCCGUCACCGGCGCCGGCGUGGGCACCCGCAGUCAGCCUUUGCCCGUCCUCAUCAAGACGGCAGCCGAACAGCCGUCGGUGACGAGCGACCGCAACGGGGAGAGCGACGCCAGUCUGGCCCAGCAGAUUAGCGACGUGGUCAAGCAGCCGGCGUUCAUCGCCGGCAUCGGCGGCGCCUGCUGGCUCAUCCUCAUGGGCUUCAGCGUCUGGAUCUAUUGCCGACGCAAAAAGAGAAAGGAGUUGAGCCACUACACCGCUUCCUUUGCUUACACGGCCGCAGUUGGAUUUCCUCAUGGGGACGGACACAAUGGAAGGCCAGGCGUGCUGGGUGGCAGCAUGGGCAACUACCCGUGGCUGGCAGACUCUUGGCCCACCACCAACUUGGUCCACAGCGGUAAAGAGGCUGUCCAGUGCUGCACCAGCAGUCAAGACCCGGCCGAGCGCUACUAUAAUGAAGCCGGCAUCUCCAACUACCUGAAUCAGACGGAGAAAUGCAGCAUGAGCGGCUCCACCGAGGGGCCCAUUUACAGCACCAUCGACGCUAGCGGCGAGGAUCUUCACAACUUCACCUCCACCGCUCCCUAUGCCUCCACCACCAUCACGCCCUUCUCAAACCAAGGGAAAAGCCCACUUCACGGCGCUGAGCAAGAUGACGGACACUGGAUCAUCUCCGGGCCUCAGUACGCUCAACCGGAUCGCUGUAAUGGUAAGCCAAAGCAGAAGGCCAUGGGGAAGGCUGUUAAGACGCCAUCUUUAACAUGGAUGGAGACAUUGCCCCCACCUCCCCCACUUGGGGAGUUGGAGCCCCCGGAGAAUGAAGACACGGAAAUAGGCUCAGACCAAGAAGAAUGGUGUCCUCCCCUCCCGGAGAGGACGUACCUGACGGAAGGCUGUGAAGACGUCUACUCCCACGGGAACAACGCCGCCGCCGCCUCCUCUCCGGCGACUUCUUACAGUCACCGGUCCACCGCCACGCUGAGCCCGUCGCCCGACGAGGAGACGCGAGCAUCCCGUGACCUGCGCCGGCAACAAGAGGAAAAUCACCUCCCGCGCAGAAGGCUACCGUGCGCUCCAGUGCCAGUUCCCCAGGCGCCCAGCGCAGCGCUCACCCAGUCCAGCCAACAGCAUCUCGCCUCGUCGGAGGUUGUUGGCCCGUCCCAGUGCCAAAGUCACACGGCGGCGGCGCGCUGCCGACACAAUGAAGACGACGACGACGACGUCAACGCGACUACGCCCGCCGUGCAUAGCCGGGCACCACCAGCAGAUGCAUGCUCUCCACUCAACCAAAAAGGUCGUGUAAAAAAAAAGCCUACCAAGACUUCCGUUUACAGGAGAGAACUACACGGAGACCUUCCUCCGCCUCCAGAACCACCCCCAGAGGAGUGCAUGGAGGCUGCUCAAAUGCCCAAUGGCUCGCUCUCCUCCCUGGAGAGGAGGAGCCAGUACGACAGUGGUGGCCACAAACGCAAAGGCUCAAGACAAAGACACGCGGAUGAAACCGCACAUGGCGAGGAGGUGACGCUGUACGCUGGUAAAGCCGGUUACCUUCCCAGGAAUCACAUGUCCGGUAAUUGCUCGACCACAGGAAGCUCCUCGUCCCGGGGCUCCACGGGCUCCCGGGGGAUCAGCGCGGCCAGGAAAAGCAGCGAGGAAACUAGAUAAGGUCAUCCAUCUGUGAAGAGACCGCUGAUGCCUCCAUUGUUCAUCAUCUUUUAACUGUGGACACUGUGAUCUAUAAAUAAGACUCAUGUCAUUGUUGUGAAAGAACAAAAGCAGACUCUCCAUUUUUUUCUUUUAUAGUGAUUUGUUUCUCUGAUUGUUGAUGAGCUAUCCAGUUUUUGUUUUUUGUUUUUUUUAAUCCAGCUAUCCGAUUUGUAAAUACCUGUGUGUUGUUGGCUUUGGAUACAGGGAAAGAGACUAAUAUUGUAUUUAUGAGGACUGAAAAUGAAAAAAAGCUCAUCUUUGAUUGUGCCCAUGUUUUGGGUGGAAACUUUUUCUGCAUUAACUACUGUUGCACUCUUCUUGGUGAUGGCCAAACAAUAGAAAAUAUCAAGCACAAAAGAAAAAGCCAAAAUGGCCAGGUUCUUCUUGCUCCUGGAAGAAUGCUCUGGUCUGAUUGGGAGACCUGCCCCCAUGCAGAAUGUCGCCAUGUCUCGGUCUGUAGCCCUUUGUUUCUGUGCAGCAGACAGACAGGCAGGCAGACAGACAGACAGACAGGCCCCAGUAAAGUCUGAUUGUAAUCCCGCCCCUUCCACGCUUCUCACGUUGUCUGAGGGAUGCUUGGCUGCAGUCGUAGAAUUACAUUUCUCUCUCUCUCUCUCUCUCUCUCUCUCGCCCUCUAUCUGUCCCUCAUCUACAAUUUUUUGUCUGUCAGUCUGUUGACUGGCUUUUUGUACCAUUUUUGUUUUGUAAAUGUACAAUAAAAUUCAUUUGCUGACUUCA